AUGAAGUUCCAAUCUGUGGCCACCGCUGCCUUGAUUUGCGUCGUCACUGCAAGUCCAGUUCCCGAUAGGGCUGUCCUAGUUCCUCGCCUUAAUACUGCUCGCCUCGAUGCUGCCCGCGCUGGUGCUGCUCGCCUCGAUACCCGCCAGGAUGGAACGGAUACAUCCAAUGACCUAGUAGAUGGUAUUUGUCGAGAAGUUACCUUCAUCUUUGCUCGCGGAUCACUUGAGGCAGGCAACAUGGGUUCGAUUGUUGGUCCCCAAGUUUGCACCGACCUUCAAUCUACCCUCAGUACGGACACAGUUGCUUGCCAGGGAGUAGGAUCCCCAUACAACGCCACCCUAGCAGACAACUUCCUGCCUCAGAACACUAGUCCGACUGACAUUGGAGCGGCUACCAGUAUGUUCGAUCUAGCCAACACGCAGUGUCCAGAUACUCUAAUCGUAGCGGGGGGAUACAGCCAAGGAUCUGCCGUUAUGGAUGGAUCCAUCCAAGCCCUCCCUGCUGCCCUAAUGGCCAAGAUCAAAGGCGUCGUUCUCUUUGGGUUCACCCGCAACGAGCAAGAUGGCGGUCGUAUCCCCAAUUACCCCACAAACGAGACCAAAGUCUACUGUGCGGACGGUGAUCUUGUCUGCAACGAUACACUUAUAAUUACACCAGCUCACCUAACUUAUGGAGUCGAUGCCCCUGAUGCUGCUGCAUUCCUUGUCUCAGCAUUAGGCUUGUAA